CGUUUGAUAAAAGUAUAUGGUUUUUAGCAUUUGUUGCACAUAAAAAUAUCAAGCUUAUAAAGGGGAGGUAAAGAGAUGCAAGACUUCAAAGUACAAUGAAUAUGUUUCUUCUGAUUCGACGUAAUUACACAUGCGCCAACAGCAGUAUAUAACGCAAGUAUAUAAGUAAAUCAACAUCUGAAUGAAUUGAGAAAAAUGGUCAUGGAUGGAGAAAACAAGGCUUUAAAAACAGAUAUUGAAUUAUAUGAAAGAUCCAGUUGCAUGUUGAAAGAUGUUACUAAAAGAGACUUUGCUGUUCAAACAGAUAACUAUAACAUUAAAGAGGUUAUAGCUACCAUCGUAAAUAAAAGAAUUAAUCAAGUGCAAUCCUUUACUACAGAAGAUUUGCAGAGAAAACUUGAAAAGGUGGAAGAAGAAAACAGAAAUUUGAGGAGAAGAGAACGAAUUUAUGAAAAACGCUUGGUUCAACUGGAGGAACAAAGUAGAAAGAGGAGAAAUGUUAAUCCAUCCACUUCACCAGGUGCGAAACGUCCGUACGAAGAUCAUGCAACCAUAAAAAUACCCGAUGAAAACAUUGAAAGUAGUAAUCCAGAAAAUGAUUCUGUGUGCAAUGAAACCAGCCAUGAAUUACUUGACGGGGACUUUUGUCCACCACUUUUCAGAUCAGGUCAAAAGAAGUCUCAUACCAUAAGUUACCAGAAGGAGAAAAUUCCUACACAAUUAGUUACACCAAUGCAAAAGGAAGCCAAAAUAGAGUCACAAGUUCCUGUCCAAAAGGCUGUUGCGCAGAGUGUGGCUCACAGCGAGGCUCAAGCUACAGCAAGACCAGUUACAUCUCAACUGCAACAAGUCAGGACAAACGAAGCGUUUAGAAGAGUCGAUAUGCAGAUCCAGCCAAAUAGACAGAUUGAGGCAUCGACAAUGCAGCUCCAACACGUUCCAGUUCAACUGGUAGCCGCCCCAGUCAUGAAUACGAGACAAUAUAUUAGAUAUCCAGUCAUACCUCAAAGAGCUAUUAAUCCCAACCAAGGAGCACGGUUAGCUAGAAUUCCUUUACGUGGACCUCCACCCAAUCAUAACUUGUUUGAAUAUAGACCUCUUAGUAAACUUAAUCAUCGCCAAAGAAUACCGACAUACCAGAUAAGAGCAAUACCGUCACAUGAAAUGCAAGUGCAACAACAACCACAAACUGUUCAUUAUACCACAGUGUCAACAAACCCACCCCCACCGUAUAAGGAACCUUCAAACUUUAUACCAUUACCUCGGUUAACCGCAAGUAUUACGUCAGACGCUAGUAGUAUAAUAUUGACUUGGGAUUGUUUUGAUGCAACAAGCCAAUUCCAGAGAAAUGUUGAUGUCUAUUAUUUAUUUGCCUUCCAUACGUUAGAUUUAAGUAAACCACCACCAACAGAUGUUAACGCUUGGAAACGCAUUGGCGCUAUUAAGUCUUUACCUUUACCAAUUGCAUGUACACUAACACAAACAUUCGAUGGUCAUAAUUAUUUCUUUGCAGUUGUUGCAACUGGCGCCCAGGGAAGGAUGGGUGAACUUAGCAAUCCAUGUGCAUUAAAAGUUACUUUGUGAAUUGCUUAAGCGUAAAAUAUUUAUUUUAUAAUUGUUUUCUGUUCUCGUUGUCUUUUUUAUAUUUGUUAAAACAAAAACUAUUUCUUAUCACUUUGUACCAAAAAUUGCAAACGCACGGGUUUUUAAUAUUGUACCAAAAUGUUUAAUUUUCUUUAAAUGUUAAAAUUAUCUUAUUAAAGUGGUGGGAAUUAUGAAUGACUAGAACUGGGAAAGAUUAAUUUAAAACUUAUGAAAGUGACUUCAAAAUUAGAUUCCUUGCGUGCACGAUUUUUUUUAUAAGCAAUGUGUUUGUUGCGAAAAUAGAAGGAGACGCGCUUUCAAAACAAAAUAGAUAAAACUCUAAGAAAAGGAGGCUACAAUAACUUCUUGUUGAGCAUAUUAGUUUAUUUCCAAGAACUUUUUUUUACCAAUAUAUGACACAUAUUACAAAAUUACUUGCAUAAAAUUAAGCAAACGUUAAGCAACUUUAGAUCAAAUAGAUUUUCAACGCAUAAGUAUCCCUCCCACAACCCUUCUGUCAAUUUUGCAGACAGAAGAGGAGUUGAAUAGACAGUGCUCCAGAUUCCCUUUCUCCAAGAACAGGGCGAGAAUAUUGAUAUUUGAGGUAGGCGGGUUUUUUUACUAAUUUUGUAAAAGAUCUCACCAAAUUUCUAAGUUGCUUAUAAAAAAGUCUUUUAGAUAAUAGGAGAUUGAUUUUACAUGGUCGAGUAAGAGAAACACUAUUCAAUGUGAAAAAAUUUAUCGCAGUCUCUUACCAUAUUUCUCUAACAGCAGGCAAGAUAGAUUGUUUAUAUAUAUAGAAUUUUAUAUACUGUAAAAAUGCUUGUUUGUAUUUAUAGUUAAUUUUUUUAUUACCAGUGUAAUUAUUUUCAUUAAUAUUGCCAGUAGAUGAUUCAAUUUUGUUUCAAAUUUGAAAUAUACUUCGUCUUGCUCCAA